AGGGAAGCGAAUAUUCAAGUACGCGCCCUGCGUACAUAUGUGCAGCCCUGAAUAAAGUGAAUGCAGUUUAUUUUUUUUAUACAAAUAAAUAUCUAUAAGAAAUUGAAAUAGCCAUAAAAACCAAGUCAAUGGAAAAAUUCGACCAUUAAAUGAGUUAUUUUUUGCAACGCUCAUGGCCUCUUAUUUGAGUCCACAGUUUUGGAGGCAUUGAAAAAUAUCAAAGCGGUGUAUCAUAGCUGGUAGCCCUGUUGAUAGUGCUGUCAUAUUUAGCGCUUUUAAACUUAUAAACAAACAAGGAAAAUGCAUAUUUAUGAACUGCAUAGAAGGUGAACAACAAAUUUAACGGGAAACAAGCUGAACCGACAGAUCUAGCCUUAUCAUAUCUAUCGUAUAUAAGUCCGCAACCUGUUGAUCCACUUCAGUCGAUACAGAAAGUCCAAUCCGUGAUCCCGCAAAGAACCAACAGCCGAAAAAUGACCAAGACCAGAGUUUACGUUAUCGGAGUUGGCAUGACCAAGUUUGAGAAGCCCGGUCGCCGAGCUGAUGCUUGCUACCCGGACUUCGCCAAAGAAGCCAUCACCAAAGCUCUCCAGGAUGCGGGAAUCAAGUUCGAGGAAGUGCAGCAGGCGGUGGCCGGCUACGUUUAUGGAGACUCCACCUGCGGACAGCGGGCCAUCUACGAGGUCGGAAUGACCGGCAUUCCGGUCUAUAACGUGAACAACAACUGCUCCACGGGAUCCAGCGCACUGUAUUUGGCCAAGCAGAUCGUAGAGAGCGGAAACUCCGAAUGCGUCCUGGCUCUGGGAUUCGAAAAGAUGGAGCGUGGAUCAUUGUCCGCAAAGUACUUUGAUCGCGCAAAUCCCAUGGAGCGCCACAUCACCGAGAUGAGUGAGCUGACCGAGAUCGGGGCUGGUCCAAUGGCUGCCCAGAUCUUCGGCAACGCCGGCAAGGAGCACAUGAAGAAGUAUGGCACUAAGCCCGAGCAUUUCGGCAAGAUCGCUUGGAAGAACCACAAGCACUCCGUCAAUAAUCCCUACUCGCAGUUCCGCGAUGAAUACACCCUGGAGCAGAUUAUGAAGUCGCCCCAGGUUGUGGAGGGAGUGCUGACCAAGCUGCAGUGCUGUCCCACUUCCGAUGGAUCUGGAGCUGCCAUUCUCGCCUCCGAGGCCUUCGUGCGUCGCCACGGAUUGGAAAAGCAGGCUGUGGAGAUUGUGGGCAUGGAGAUGGCCAGUGACCCGGCGUCCACCUUUGCCGACAAGAGCUUGAUGAAGAUUGCUGGAACCGAUAUGACCCGUCUGGCCACCGAGCGUCUGUUCGCCAAGAGUGGGUACAAGCCCCAGGAUGUCCAGGUGGUGGAACUGCACGAUUGCUUCUCGGCCAACGAGUUGAUCACGUAUGAGGCACUUGGACUGUGUGGAGAGGGCAAGGCCGGCGAGUUCAUCGACGCUGGAGACAACACCUACGGUGGCAAGUUCGUGGUCAACCCCAGUGGUGGUCUGAUCUCGAAGGGCCAUCCUCUGGGCGCCACGGGUCUGGCACAAUGUGCUGAGCUCUGCUGGCAGCUCCGUGGAUUGGCUGAGAAGCGCCAGGUGCCCAAUGCUCAGUUGGCUCUGCAGCACAAUCUGGGACUGGGUGGUGCUGUUGUGGUUGCCUUGUAUCGUCUGGGUUUCCCGGGUGCGGCCAAGGCCAAAUUGUAAGGGAUGGGAUCUUGAUUUUGUAAAUAUUUUUAUUAAACGGGAACUGCUUUAUAUAAAACUU